AUGAAGAUAGUGUUGCUGCUGGAGCUGGAGAAGGAAUUCCAUUGCAAGAAGUACCUGAGCCUGACGGAGCGCUCGCAGAUCGCUCACGCCCUCAAGCUCAGUGAGGUACAGGUCAAGAUCUGGUUCCAGAACCGCCGCGCCAAGUGGGAACGCAUCAAAGCUGGGAGCUGCACGGCGUCUGAGCGAGCAGCUGAGAGCUGCAGGGCGUCCGAGAGAGGAGGCGUGCCUGACAAGCGGCUGGGAGCCGCAGGGAAUCCGAACGAGCGGCUGGGAAACCGCGGGGCGUCCGAAGAAAGGAGGCUAUGGCUCACCGCGCAGAGACGAUUGGAAGAGUUUGAGGAUGAGAGAAGACAACUUCAGAAAAUGGCUGAUUUUGCAGUAACACUGGAGCGAGAACUGGAACAGGUUAAAUUGAUUCUGCAUCAGCGAGAUCUACAGUUUGAAUCUUUACAGCAAGAGCAUCUAGUGCUCAUGAAGCAGCUCACCUUAACCCAAGAAUCAUUGCACACCAAAGAGCAGUCCCUAAAUGACCUACAGACUCAAUAUGAUGAGCUGGUGGCCAGGUUAGAGGAAUUCCAGGGUGAUGUUAUUUCUAAGGAUGACACGAUCCAAUAUUUGCAGAAUGAGAAGAUUGUCCUAGAGGUAGCUCUGCAGGCAACAAAAGCAAGCAAAGAAGAACUUGAUGAAGGAGCAAACUUCUUAGGUGAAAGUACUGAGGCAGUAUCAGAAAUCUUGGCACAAUUGAGCCAGAUGGAAAAUCUGCAACAGGAAAGUGCCAGCCUGAAGAAACAGACCCAAAAAGUAAAGGAGCAGUUCUUACAGCAAAAGGUAAUGGUGGAAGCUUAUCAAAGAGAUGCAAGUUCACAGGACCAGCUGAUUAGUGAAUUGAAAUCUACAAAGAAGCAGCUGGAUUUGGAAGUGAAAGAAUUAAAACGGGAGUUACUGAAACUUCGAAGUGAAAAGCAGUCCAUUGAUGUUGAAUGCUCAAGACUUCAGAAGGAAGUAUCCCAGGUUCACCAGCAGAUAGUGGAGUUAGAAAGCCACCUCCAGUCAGUGCAAAAAGAACAGGAUGCACAAAUCGCUGAUGGAGGAAAUAACCAGGCUUCCCAUGAACGGAUUCAAGCUUUGGAGAUAGAGCUGCAGGCUGUUAGCCACAGUAAGAUGAUGUCGGAGAAAGAGCUGCAAGAAGUAAUUUCACUCACCAGCCAGGAGCUUCGAGAAUCUAGAGGUUUCAGGAGAAAGAUAAAACGUUUGGAAGAAAUAAACAAGAAAUUGGCCCUCGAACUGGAACAUGAACGGGGGAAGCUCACUGGUUUUGGUCAGUCUAACAUUGCUUUGCGAGAGCACAGCAACAUCCCCGAAACAGUACUAGCAGAGAGAGAGGCAGACCUGGUGCAGCUGAAUCUCCGGGUUCAAGCAGUCCUAAAUAUUCAAGCUUUACAGACUGCCUUAGAAAGAGAAAAGUCAAAAGUUAAUAACCUUCAAAAGCAGGUUGCGGCAGCCACAGUAGAUGCAGCACAUAACCGUCGUCAUUAUAGAGCUGCUGUUCUUGAGCUGAGUGAAAUUAAGAAGGAGCUACAAGCCAAAGAACUGCUUGUCCAAACCCUUCAGGCUGAAGCAGACAAACUACACGCUAUUAUUGAAUGUGCUCAUGCCUCUUUUAAGGCGCUCCUUUUAAGACAAAAAGGGGGUAUUUGCAGUGAGCGGGCAGACGCCUUGGAUAAGACGCCUGCCGCUCCGUUGCUGCAAGCUCUUUACGUGCUUAAUUGGUUACAUCUUGGUAAAAACAGCCAGGUGCCCCCCGCGAUUAAACAUGUCAGCGGGAUGACUGGGGAAGAGCAGGGUGCGGCCCCCCAACCCUCGGUCAAAUGGUUUGAUUAUCAGCAGCAAAUAUGGAAAGGACCAGUUGACUUGCUAACGUGGGGCAGGGGUUAUGUGUGUGUUGCCACUGAUGCGGGUCCCAGGUGGAUGCCAGCGAGGUGGGUCCGGCCUUGGUUGCGUCCUCCGGAGUGA